AUGUCGACGACACAAGCUCCAAGAAAACUUCGUGAUGCAGAACUUACUGCACUCAAAGCCAGUUCAAGACUCAAUGAAGAAGAAAUACAAAACUUGUUUGAAAAAUUUCAAGAGAUUGAUGAAUCUGGUGCGGACAAAAUGAAUAAAGAGCAAGUUGUGAAAUUCUACAUAGAAAUUGGUAGUGAUCGUGGUACAGAUGAGCGCAUAGCUAAUAAUGUUUUUGGUAUCGUGGAUCAAGAUAAUGAUGGUUUACUUAAUUUUAGUGAUUUUGUUUUGGGUACUAUUUUCUUGAGAGGGGCAAGUACGGAACAUGAAUAUUCAUUGAUGUUUGAUAUAAUUGAUGUUUCGGGAGACAAAUGUAUUAGUUAUGAUGAAAUGAAAAAGUUUAUGGACAAAUUAACCAAACUAGAUGCUAGUGCUCGUGGAGAAGACGUAUCAGAAGUCGAUUUAAAGAAAGUGACAAGUGAUAUUUUUAGUCAAUAUGGUGUUAAGGAAGAUGAAAAAUUGAGCAAAGAACAAUUCAUUGAAGGGUAA